CGCCUUGUGGUGGCCCUGUGCACCUAGGGCAGCAAGUUUUGUUGUCUUGUGGAAUAUUAUGAGACAAUGGUGUAAAUUUUGAGAGCAGCGACACACUUGAGCAUUACUUCUGAUCCAGCAGGUUGUGAUACUUCGAGUUGUGCAUUGCAUGGUGUGUGGUGGAUGAGUGAGAGGUGGAUGAGUGUGCAGACUUAUCUCAAAGCUAGCAAUGGCAGUUGAUGAACUGAUGGAGAUUCCCGGGACCAAUGAGGAGUUGGGGAGACCAGAGGAUGAUAUGGGUAUAUCUUACUCUCUCGACAUGUUUCGUGAACAUGAAGAAGUGCAACAGAUGCUGAGCUCCAUAGAAAAAGCAGUUGAAAACCAGUUCACUGCUGAAAAAGCUUUCGAAACUUUGAAGACAAUCUUAGAUUAUUAUCAGGAACAACCUCAUCUCUUAGACCCACACCUGGAGGGGAUUCUCACGCAGUUGGUGAAAAUUACACGCAAUCCAAACAACAAAAAUGAAGUCAUUAGUCAGGCUUUUAAAUACCUCUGGCUUGUCAUCAAAGUUCGUGGUUACAAAACUAUUGUCAGAAAGCUUCCUCAUGAGGUUAAAGACCUUCAUCCAGUUCUGGAAAUGCUGGAAACCCCAGAAGGUAGCUCAGAUUUUUAUGAAAGCUAUGUUCUCCUACUAUGGUUGUCCAUCAUCGUCUAUAUGCCUUUCAAUAUGAUGGGCUUUGACACUACAGCAGUUGCUGAGAGUCAGCACACUGGAGCAAGUGUUGUUGACAGGAUAUUUACUGUUAUCAAAACCCAUCUGAAGUCUGGCCAGAAGUCAAAUGAGAUGGCAGCCUAUCUGGCAUCGAGGUUUAUUACAAGGCCUGACUUAAAAGACCGUUAUCUGCCAGAAUUUUUAAACUAUUCUUUUGAGGUACUAGAAAAUGCCUCGCAAGCAGAUGUACAUGGUGUAUUCCACAAGCUAGGAGUUCUACGAGCUAUGGGUUUGAUUUUCAAGCAUGGGAAACGAGAGGAACUGUUCCCCUUCUCCCAGGAUGUCUUGUCACGUCUCAUAAAGUGUCAAGUAACCACCAGCAGUGAUGCUCCCAUCAGGAAAUUGGCCAUGAAGCUCAUUCAGCGCAUUGGGCUGACAUUUUUGAAACCAAGAGUAGCAGCUUGGAGGUACCAGCGGGGAAGCCGAAGCCUUGCUAUGAAUGUCCAAGGGGCAACCUCUGAGGGUGAGACAGCACAUGAGAAAGUGGAGGAGGAAGAGGAGGACGAGGUGGCUGGAGAGAUUGAGGAGGUCAUAGACUGCUUAUUACAAGGCCUUAAAGAUAAAGAUACAGUAGUCAGAUGGUCUGCAGCCAAGGGUAUUGGUCGUGUGACGGGUCGCUUACCUCAAGAAUUUGGAGAUGAAGUUGUUGGAGCUCUACUGGAACUGUUCUCUACGAGGGAGUCUGAUAAAGCUUGGCAUGGAGGAUGUCUUGCAUUAGCAGAACUAGCCCGCCGUGGUUUGCUGCUGCCUGAACGUUUGCCAGCUGUUGCACCAGUAAUAGAUAAGGCCCUUGUCUAUGAUGAGCUCAGAGGACAGUGUUCUGUGGGUUCUAAUAUACGGGAUGCAGCUUGCUAUUUGUGUUGGGCAUUUGCUCGUGCCUACCACCCAGACCAGAUGACCACUUAUGUUAAGCAGCUUGCUACUGGACUUUUGAUAGUGGCACUGUUUGACAGAGAGAUUCCUUGCCGGAGGGCUGCAUCUGCUGCCUUCCAAGAGCAUGUUGGACGUCAAGGAACAUUUCCCCAUGGCAUUAAGCUUCACACAAUGGUUGACUACUUUGCUGUUGGGAACCGCUCAAAUUCAUUUCUCAAUCUAAGUGUUGAUGUUGGCAGGUACCCAGAAUAUACACAAGCUCUCAUAGACCACUUGGUUGACAAGAAGGUCAACCACUGGGACUCUGCUAUAAGGGAACUUGCUGCUAAGGCACUUCAUAAUUUAACUCCUUUGGCCCCUGAGUAUAUGAGUAAGACAGUUGCACCACAGCUACUGGAUCAGUCCACAGGCUCAAUCUUAGUCACAAGACAUGGCUCUAUAUUAGCACUGGCAAAUAUCACACUUGCUCUCUCUCUUGUGGCUAGUAAGGAAGGCAAAUCUCUGAAAGACAUCUUGGGUCAAGAGAUAUUGGAUGGCAUUGCUAAGAUAGUACCUACGUUAGAAGAAAGAAAGCUUUUUCGUGGAAUGGGAGGAGAGUACAUGAAGCAGGCAACAUCAGUGAUGAUAGAAAAGUGUUCUCUGGCUGCAGCACCAUUUCAUGGCCACAAAGUACUUGAUUAUUGGCAUAAUCUUUUAGAAGACUGUAUAGUUUACAUUGAUGAAAAUAUCCGUACAUCUGCUUUGGAGGCGCUCUCUCCAUUUUGGGCCACAUACUUUGAACCCACAUCAGAAGAAAGACAAAAAUGGAGAGAUGAACUCGUCACAAGAUACACUCAAGCACUUAACACAACUAAGGAGAUACAUAGUUUAGGCUUUGCAGCAGCACUUGGUUGCCUUACACGUGUUCUGGUAGUAGGUAAAUUUGACAUUGUGCUAAAAGCCCUAAUUAAUGCUACAGAAAUAACACCUGGAACAGAAAAUUGGGCACAGACAAGGAAGGAAGCAAUCAAUUCAAUCUUGAGACUGGUGGAAACUGUUGGUAUUAAAAAAGGUGGGAAAGCAUGUGAACAUGUUUGUGAAGGCAAUCUACCAAGCAUCUAUGAGGCUCUACUGAAGAGUUUAGAUGACUACACAAUGGACCGCAGGGGUGACAUUGGUGCUUGGGUCAGAGAGGCAGCUAUAUCAGCAUUACAGGCCUUAACUUUAGCAGUUGUUAUGGAGAAUGACAGUUUGUUAACUGAGGAGAUUGUUGGAGACAUGAUGUCUCGUAUUUGCCAACAAGCAGUAGAAAGAAUAGACAGAACACGAAAAGUGGCUGGAUCAGCAUUUGCUACUCUUCUCUACAGCUCACCAAAACUACCAUACAUACCUAACUUAAAGGAACUGGAAACCAUUUUUCCAAAGGAAGCAUGCGAUAUAAUGAAUUGGGCAUCAGAAAAGGCUACAUUUCAUAUAUUCAUUCAGCUUUUGGACUUCCCGGCUUAUAGGACUCGAGUCCUAUUGGGAAUCACUUACUCGGCUGGAGGGAUCUCUGCAAAUUUGUCACGAUACACAAGUGAAGCCAUACACAGCUAUUUGAAUGCUCGAGCAGAGAAAACAGACUUUCUCUCAUCCUUCUUGGAAACAAUCCUACAGUUGUUUGUAGCUUAUCAGAAAGUGGAUCGAAUCACACUCCCUUUAAUCAAAACUGUAGGAGACUUGUUAAGUUCUUCAGCAAUUCUUGAUCCGGUACUCGAACAAGAUGAAAUAUACACUUCUAGGCUCAUUACCGUCUUAAAAAAAGAGUGUUUUAAGUCUACAGAUUACCACAAGCUGGCAGCAGUGAUCACUGCUCUAUGCGAGUUAUUGAGAAUGAACAGCAGUGCAACAAGGUCCUGCCUCACCCAGCUCUCACUCUUCUUAGGAUAUCAGUAUCCCAAAGUUCGAACAGUUACUGCAACCAGUUUACUAACUGCAAUACAAGAUUAUUGUGAUCAAGAAAUUGUUCCUGAAGAACAUCUAGAGGAAGUCACCAAUAUUUUAGAGGAGACAGAGUGGAUGGAUAAUAUUGAGGAAGCCCGAAAACAGCGUAAUCGGCUUUGUGAAUUGCUUGGAAUUCCUCCUCCACAGACCAAAAAACAUUAA